AUGGACUACAGUACAGCAACGGCUGCUGAUCCGGUCCACGUCGACCGGAAGCUGCUCUACACAAGCUUGGAAGAGCGAAUCAAGUAUCUCCAUAACUUCCUCGAUUUCAACUCAAGCGAUAUUGAAGCACUCUUGUCCGGCAACAAAUACAUCAAGCAAUUGAUCCCAGCAGUGGUCAACCUCGUAUAUAAGAAGCUUCUCCAGUACGACAUCACAUCCCGAGCCUUCCACACACGGACAACAGCCGAUGAAACCGAGCCCGAGGAAGAUUAUCUCCAUGAAGAGACACCAAAAAUCAAGCGACGUAAGAUGUUCCUGCGGUGGUACUUGACGCGUCUCUGCCAAGACCCAACCACAAUGGACUUCUGGCGGUACUUGAACAAGGUUGGCAUGAUGCACAGCGGACAAGCUCGCCUGUCACCAUUGAACAUCGAGUACAUCCAUCUCGGCGCUUGCCUCGGGUACAUCCAAGACAUCUGGAUCGAAGCCAUGAUGUCCCACCCCCACCUCUCACUGCGACGCAAGAUCGCGCUCGUGCGCGCCGUCAACAAGAUCCUCUGGAUCCAGAACGAUCUCUUUGCCCGAUACCACUCAAGCGACGGCGAGGAGUUCGCGGACGAGAUGUCGGACUACGCCAGCUACACCCAAGAUCAGGAGGGAUACCUCGGCGACAAGCGCAUUCUUGGCAGCAGUUCCGGUAGCUCAACCGAGGAUGACCGGUCCAGUAUUUCUAGUGGUGUGGCGCCUUCUAUAGCGCCUUCUGUUGCGCCUUCUAUAGACAGCGCGGCGCCGUCGACGACAUCUAAGGUGUCAGCGUGCCCUUUCGCGGAAAUGGCUAAAAGCGGUAACUCGACUGAGACGAAGAUUUGGGCCAAUUGA